UCAUCAAAGAGUUGGUGACAGUCGGGAUAAAACAGUCGAAUAGUGCACAGCACCCGAAAGGGUUAAAUUUGUGUAUUUUACACACAUUUCAGAAGUGAAUCGCCCGUGCAACGAUGAAAAAGUUUUUGUUCUGCAUCAUUGGGCUUUUUCUAGUCGCCGGCUUUGCCCGUGCCGAAGAUCCCACUGAUGACGUUGGAACUGUGGAAAAAGACCUCGGAUCAAGCCGGGAAGGAUCUAGAACCGAUGAUGAGGUGGUUCAGAGGGAAGAAGAAGCCAUAAAGUUGGACUCGUUGAAUGUUGCGCAAUUGAAAGAGAUCCGCGACAAAGCAGAAAAAUUUACCUUCCAAACUGAAGUGAAUCGCAUGAUGAAACUCAUCAUAAAUUCUUUGUAUCGCAACAAAGAAAUUUUCCUCAGGGAAUUGAUUUCCAACGCCUCUGAUGCAUUGGACAAGAUAAGACUGCUUUCUCUAACGGACAAAAAUGUAUUGGACACUAACAACGAACUCAGCAUAAGAAUACGGGCCGACAAAGACAACAAAAUACUCAGUAUCACAGACACAGGCAUCGGUAUGACAAAGACUGAUCUGAUUAAUAAUCUUGGAACGAUUGCUAAGUCUGGAACUGCAGAAUUUUUGGGAAAACUCCAAGAUGCUUCAAACACGCAAGAUAUGAACGAUAUGAUCGGUCAAUUCGGUGUUGGAUUCUACUCCUCAUUUUUGGUCGCUGAUAGAGUUGUUGUUACCUCAAAACACAAUGAUGACAAACAGUGGAUUUGGGAAUCUGAUAGCAGCAGCUACAGCAUUGCAGAAGAUCCACGAGGCGAUACUCUCAAGCGAGGAUCAACGAUAAGCCUGCACUUGAAAGAUGAAGCAGCAGACUUUUUGGAGACUGACACACUGAAGAACUUGGUGAAGAAAUACUCACAAUUCAUCAAUUUCCCUAUUUAUUUGUGGUCCAGCAAGACUGUCAAAGUCGAAGAACCUCUUGAUGAAGAUGAAAUAGCCAAAGAAGACGAGGUGGAUAAAGAUGAAGCUCAAGCAGAUGCCGAUGAAGAAGAUGAUGCUAAGGUUGAGGAGGCAUCUGACGAAGAAAAAUCAAAAACAAAAACUGUAGAGAAAACUGUCUGGGACUGGGAAAUUCUAAACGACUCCAAGCCAAUCUGGACGCGAAAACCUACUGAAGUCGAAGACUCUGAGUACAAUGAAUUCUACAAAGCUCUUACCAAGGAUACCUCCGAUCCUUUGGCCAAGACUCACUUUGUCGCUGAAGGUGAAGUGACAUUCAAAUCCCUACUAUUCAUUCCCAAAGUACAGCCUGGUGAUAGCUUUAACCGGUACGGAACCAAAGGUGACAAUAUCAAAUUGUUCGUCCGGCGAGUGUUCAUCACCGAUGAGUUUAACGACAUGAUGCCAAAUUACUUAUCGUUCAUUCGAGGUAUCGUAGACAGCGAUGAUUUGCCGCUAAACGUUUCUCGAGAAACUCUCCAGCAGCACAAGUUGAUCAAAGUCAUAAAGAAGAAAUUGAUCAGGAAAGUAUUAGAUAUGAUCAAGAAAAUUCCUAAAGAAGAGUACGAAAAAUUCUGGAAGGAGUACAGCACGAAUAUUAAACUGGGAGUCAUGGAGGAUGCCAGCAAUCGCGCUAGACUUUCCAAACUGCUUCAUUUCCAGUCAUCGAACCAAAAGGGAACCACAUCGUUGGGAGAUUAUGUAUCCCGCAUGAAACCGCAGCAGCAGCAUAUCUACUACAUUGCAGGAUCCGCGCGCGAAGAAGUUGAGAAAUCGCCCUUUGUAGAACGUCUGUUGAAAAAAGGAUACGAAGUUCUAUACCUAGUUGAAGCUGUCGAUGAGUAUGCAAUUUCUUCCUUGCCAGAAUUUGAUGGUAAGAAGUUCCAGAACGUCGCAAAGGAAGGUUUCACCCUUGAUGAAGGAAGCAAGGCCAAAGAACGUCUCGAAGAGUACAAAUCUACCUUCGAACCCCUAACUAAAUGGCUCAAUGACGACGCACUUAAAGAUCAGAUCAGUAAGGCUCAAGUAUCUGAGCGCCUCACAGAUUCACCCUGCGCCCUGGUAGCUAGCAUGUUCGGAUGGACUGGAAAUAUGGAGAGGCUAGCAAUUUCGAAUGCCCAUCAGAAGACUGACGAUCCGCAAAAGUCUUACUAUUUGAAUCAAAAGAAAACUUUGGAGAUUAAUCCAAGGCAUCCACUCAUACGUGAAUUGUUACGUAGAGUUGAAGAAGAUCCUAGCGAUCCAACUGCCAAAGACAUAGCUCUGAUGAUGUUUAGGACUGCAACAUUGCGGUCAGGUUACAUGCUGCGCGAGACUGCAGACUUUGCUCUAAGUGUAGAGCAACUAAUGAGAAAGAAUUUAGGAAUCCCACUUUCCGAGGGCACGGAAGAAGAAGAUGAAGAUUUGGAGGAUGAUUCCAAGUACGAGACUGAAGAAAAAGCAUCGGAAAUAGAUGCCGAUGAAGAAAAAGACGAGGAGCAUGACGAGCUGUAAAAAUAACUAUUAAAUUUAGGAAAUCAAAUAGGGAAACUUACAACCCAGUGGAAGGAGCUAUACAAUGUAUAGUAUAUUCCGCUCAGUUACAUUUAAUUGCAAUUUUCAUGUCUGCAAAUGUGUAACUGACAUGAUUUGUUUUCCAUCAGUUUCUCAUCAAGUAAGAUACAUGGCUCAUCAUCAUUCGAAAUAUCAUUUGAUAAGUUGGGAACUCCGAUUCCAAUGAAUACAAAAUUUGAUAUUCGGCGUAAUGGCAAGUUGCAUGAAUACGGCGUGAUAUUUUCCCUCAUUAGGGAGCCUCCAACGUUUAUUAUGCAACCCCUGAGACAAGAUAUCAGAUUAUUGCUGGUAUCUUAUCAUUACCAGUUUGAGAGCAAUGCAUUUAAUUUAUUUUGGUUCUUCUAUCAAUACAAUUUGUUUAGUUGCGCAAAAAAAAUUUUGCGCAUCCUUUUUGAUUACGUAUGCUUGUGAGAAUGUAUGAGUGUAUUUGUACAAACAAAAAUAAAAAUGAUUCAAGUAAA